UAGCUUACUGAUACUGGCUAGCGGCGUUUUAAACCGUCUGCUGUGGGCUUGCAACGGUGUUUAGUCAAUAAACCAAACGAAUUAUACAAGACAGUAGCUACCUGGUAAAAGAUAGUAUCAGUUUAAGUGGAGCUAUGGCGACCUCUCACGGUUGUUUUUCAAACUACAGCUCAGUGAAGGCGGUGGCAGAUAACAGGAGUAGGUGGAUAAGAUAAGAGCGCGGUGUGUGUGUCUCUCUCUCCUGCAGCAGUUCGAGCGUGGAUGAAACAGUGCAUCUCUUUAGGGUCUCGGAGCGCUAGCUAAAUCAGUCCGAGUUUAGCGAAAACAUCACGGAGGAGCUGCGGAAAGGAACAGUCUCCCUUAACAAGGGCAUCUGCCUCGCUCUCCAGCCAGCAGCAUGAUGAAGGACUGUCUGCAAAUUCUUAUCGAGCCGGCCAAAAAGCUCAAGAUCCGACUCAAGGAGUCUCGUAAGCGAGUGAAACUUGAGAAGAAGGAGCCACUGUUGGAGAGUCAGUUAUUUAUCAUGGAAUUAGCCCGAGAGCUCAACAGAAUUUGCCAGAGGUCAAACAUCCUCGGCCACAUCUGGACCAGUGAGGACAUCUGGCCGGCCAGUGUGUGCCGUGAUUUCAUUGUGGAAUGGGCUGCUGUGUUGGAGAAGAGAGUACAGCCGAGGAUCAUCCUGUCUGAAUACCAGCAGGAGAAACCAGAGAAGAAAGACUGGAAGGGACACCUCCUCUGCAUGCUGGAAGCAGGGGGGGAGUGCGACAUGGGGCCCCACAAAAGAGUCAUCAUGGACUGGACACGGGAGAUAAAAAGCAGACCUCAGCCCACCGUCUGGCCAGGCGAGCCUGUGCUCAUGAUGCUAGACGACCUGGAGUUCCAGUGGAAGAGGGGUCGUCUCCCCAACCUGCUCCCAGCCAUGGAGCUCGUCAUGCUGGCUGUGAUGAACGCCGACAGCCUUGUCAAGGAGGACGUGACUAAACAGUGGCUGGUGAGAAAGCAGAGGAGCCAGAAUAUUGACACCGUCCGCUACAUCCCCCACAGCGUCUGGAAUUGGAUUUGCGAUGCUGCAGAGGAAGUCACUCUGGACUCAGACUCGGCCCACCCAGACCUGCUCAUCUCCAGUGAUCAUAAGCGCAUGCGGUGCGGCCUGAAGCACCGGGAAGUCCCGCGGUGCCAGCGGCGCUUCGACGGCUGGUGGUGUGCCGUGGGCCAGGAAGGCUACGCCUCCGGACGCCACUACUGGGAGGUGGAGGUCGGGGAGCGGGACUGGCGGCUAGGUGUGGCCAAGGCGUCCGGGGUGAGGCAGGGCUUCCGUCCGCUCACCACAGCCAGAGGCUACCUGACCCUCCGCCUGGAGAGGGGCGCAGAUCUGAAAGCCCUGACGGUGCCCGCCACCCCGCUGUCACAGAGCCUGGUGCCCAGGAAAGUAGGGGUGUACCUGGACUAUGAGCAGGGCCAGCUGUCUUUCUACGAUGUGGAGAAGCGCUCCCACCUGUACACCUACAACGAGAAGUUCACAGAGGAACUGUACCCCGUGUUUGGGACUGUGGAGUCGGUCAAAGACCUGGCGAUAAGGCCCGGAGGUGUCAGACAGCGGUGCCUCUGCCCCGGGACCUGCCUCUGGAACUGAACCGCUUAACGCACUCCUCAGUCACUCCUCAGUCCUGACCCUCAGCAGCCCACAGAGUCUGUGCUUUUAUUCUGGUCCGUGAUUUAGUGAAUUUGAAUUGUGUGCUAAUUCUGGACUAAAAGUGUGACUCUUUCUGCGAGGUUCCUUUUAAUGUCUCACAGGGACAAGAACCGCCAUCAUUCUGCAGUACACUUUCUGUUACUCUGCAUUUGACUAUUUGUAGCAUAAGGAUGAGUACUUUAAGGCUGUCUGGUCAAAACCUUAAAGCAACACUAGAGAACUUUUCCCGCUCUGGUCCCCCUACAGGUUGGAAGUGGAAUUGUCCCAUUAUGUCUUAUUCGAACUACAGAGCCGCCACCCGAUCUGGCAAACUUGCAUAGUGCGGUUAUAGCCGGAAAAGGGUUGCAAAGCGAAUGCAGAAGUGCCG